AUGACUUCCCAGAUGGAGUGGUCUCAUGACUUCUGCCUCUCCUGCGACCGCCAGAUGGAGGGCGGCACCUACUGCUCGCAGGCCUGCAGGCUGGCCGACUUGGAGAAGGCUGGCCAGCAACAGAACGCACAGCUCUCGUCGUCUGCCUCGUCGACAUCUUCGUCCAACAACGGCUUCUACCUCCCCCCGGCCGUCAACUUCUCCCAGUACAAGGCGCCCUCGACAUCGCGAGGAUUUGACAUGGGUCCCUCCAGCCCGCACCACUACUAUACUACUGCGAACGGCUCGUACUUUGCUCCACCAACUGCGGGGCAGCGCAGCCUCACACCGUCAUCAUCACGCUCAUCGCUGUCAUCCAACUCGUCGACAACACAGUCCGGCAUCACCGCCCAGGCAGCAUCGCAGCUGAAUAACUAUGUGCGAUCGUUUGACCAGACACGAGAGCAGAAGAGGAGGUACAACCAGUCCUGA